CCUCCCUCCCUCCCUCGCUCGCUCGCUGCUGACUGCUCCCUCCCGGGCUGCGGCUGCUGCGACGCCGGGAGCCCGGAGGCCAGCGUCGAGGAUUUGCUGGGGGCCUGUUCCCAUCUCCAAUCUCAAGAUGGCAGCCAGCGGCUCCCAGGGCACUGAGAUAAAAGGGGUCACGGAAAGUCCCCAGACUCAGGGAGAAGGGCUUGACCAUCCAGAAACUGGAAUGGGCCCUCCCCACCCCGAGGUUCCACCUGGGGUCCCAGGCAAGCCAGGAGCCAAGCAGCCAGAACUAGAGCCCACUGGGGCUCCUGUAGACUUGGGGCCCAAGGAGCCUAAGGCCGGGCUGGCUUCGGAAACGACAGAGACCCCAGCCGGAGCCCCAGAAACAGCCCAGGCCACAGACCUCAGCUCCACCCCAGGAGGAGAAACCCAGGCCAGCCCUAGCCGGGAAGAAGCAUGCCAACCCCCGGUAGCCAAAUCGGAGGAAAGCAAAGAGGCCACUACUAGCCCGGGGCCCACCCAGUUAGAGCCCAAUGCCCCUCCUGAGCCAGCUCAAGCAGCCGCCUCCCAACAGGACCCGCAGUUAGACCCUCAACCAGACCCCCAGCUGGGUUCCCAGCCUGACCCCAAGCCUGCCCUCCAACCAGAGCCCUCUUCCCAGGAGAAUCCCAGCCCUGAGGCUCUGACGGAGAGUAUGGGAGAAAAGCAAGAGAACGGGGCAGUCGUGCCCCUUCCAGCUGGUGAUGGGGAAGAGGGCCCAGCCCCCCAGCCUCACUCAUCACCCUCAGCCAAAAGCCCCCCGGUCAAUGGGGCACCCCCCCGCGUGCUGCAGCAGCUGGUUGAGGAGGACAAAAUAGGCAGGGCUCAUGGUGGACACCCGGGAUCCCCCCGAGGUAGCCUGAGUCGCCACCCCAGCUCCCAGCUGACAGGGCCUGGGGUGGAGGGGGGUGAAGGCACCCAGAAACCUCGGGACUACAUCAUCCUCGCCAUCCUGUCCUGCUUCUGCCCCAUGUGGCCCGUCAACAUCGUGGCCUUCGCUUAUGCCGUCAUGUCCCGGAACAGCCUGCAGCAGGGGGACGUGGAUGGGGCCCAGCGUUUGGGCCGUGUGGCCAAGCUCUUAAGCAUCGUGGCGCUGGUAGGGGGGGUUCUCAUCAUCAUCGCCUCCUGCGUCAUCAACUUGGGCGUGUAUAAGUGAGGGGCUCUACCCUGCAUUCCAAGACUUUUCUUCCUGUUGGGAGCUGCCUUGGGCCCAUCCCUCCCCUGGGGGGAGCCCAAACGAUGGCCCUGGCCCCCACCCGUAGGGACCAAGGGAGCCCGAGUGGCCUUGUUUACAGCUUCUUCCCUGCUCCUGCAUCCUGCCAGACUCCUCUGCCCACCGGAGGCCUCCCUUCUCCCUGCACUGUUUCCAGACCCCUGUCCUGCCUGCAUCCCCUCUAGCUUCCCUGAACAUUGCCCGGACUGAUUCUCAGCAACCCCUGCGUCUCUCCAGCCUCCCUGCACUCCAGCGGGUGCCUCGGCGGCCGCCCCCUCCCAACCCAACUUUCAAGGUCUUGGUAUCUUGCCCCUUCAUGCCUUUCUCUGCCCCUUUUUCAAAUUCCCUUCCCUCUCCACAUCCCACUUCCUUCCUCUUCCUCACCUCCCCUCAGCAUCUUCCCUUCAGCCCUCUUGCCACCGUUUAAUCUGCAAAAACUCCAGCACUUUGAUCAGGCUCUGGGUGGGAUCGGGAGAGGGCUUCCUAGCCCGCCUGCCCCUGGGGGGGGCUCCGACUGUUCUCUGCUGGGACCACCCAGUCCCAGCCGCCCCCCGGACUACGGUACCUCAGGGGUCCCAGAGUAGGCAGCCAGGCCAUGUCUGGGGAUAAGUGCAAGGGUGGUGUAAGUCUUCCGAGCUAACAGGGGAGGG